ACUGACAGUCAGCAAAAAAAGACCAGAAUUUUUUUUUCGGAAGAACAAAAGCAUUCUUUACGUCAAGCAUACGCAGCCGAUCCAUAUCCAAGUCAAGCUACUUUAGACGAAUUGGCAGCUGGUCUAGGUGUAGCAACAAAAACUGUAGUAAACUGGUUUCAUAACUAUAGAAUGAGAGCGAAACAACAAAUGAAGACUACAAUUAUUGCUUCUGCAAAUGGUACACCGCAAGAAAAUUUUGAAAGAAAAUUAAGC